GGCACAUCCCAGCUUCCAUCACCCUGUUUGUGCUUCAGCUGCUUGUCCUACUGUUUGGCUGACUCCUGGAAAAAUGAAUCUUUGUCACCAAAAAUAUAUGCUAAACAUUGUGAAAAUUUCAUCGAAGUUCUUGUGCAGAAGUACCAAGGUUGAAAUGUUACUUUGGAUAAUCGUUGAGGCUUAUCCUCCACUUCCGGGAGCUGCCUAACGGACACUUUCUGGAGAAGUCCUCCUCACUGCUGACUAGCCAUGAGCGCCCAGAGCAAGCGGAGUUCCUCCACCGAGGCGGAGGCUGCCAUCAGCCGCCUGAUCAACCUAAACUUGCAGGCCUCGUCCACCUACCUCUCCCUGAGCUAUUACUUCGAAGGCGACAAGGUGGCUCUGGGGGGCGUGGGCCGCUUCUUCCGGGAGCUGGCUGAGGAGAAGCGCGAGGGCUCCCAGCUCCUCUGGAAGAUGCAGCAGCAGUGGGGCAGCCGCGCCCCGGCCCAGGACGGGCAGAAGCUGUCGCCGGACGAGUGGAGCACCAUAGUGGAAGCCGUGGAGGCUGCCAUGGCCCUGGAGAAGAGCCUGAACCAGGCCUUCUUGGAUCUCCAUGCCCUGGGUUCUGCGAGCGCGGACGCCCAGCUCUGCGAGUUCCUGGAGAGCCACUUCCUGGAGGUGGAGAGGAAGAUCCUCAAGAAGAUGGGCGACCACCUGACCAACCUGCGCAAGCUGGCCGGGCCCCAGGCCGGGCCCCUGGCUGAGCAGGGCAUCUCUUCGAAAGGCUCUUCUGCCAGCGCGACUAGGAGCCUCGCGGCAGCCCCGGAGAGACGCCUUUGCCUCCUCCAGUGAGAUCUCCGCCCCAGCCUCCUCUUCCACCAGGAGGCAACGCUUUAACCACCCUGUAAAACCUUCACCCGAGCCGAGGCACCAGAUAGA